GAACUUCUCUGGGAGGGUCUUGAAGGCUCUUGUCAGGAUGGUGAAGCUGUUCAUUGGAAACCUGCCCCGGGAGGCCACAGAGCAAGAGAUCCGCUCACUCUUCGAGCAAUAUGGGAAGGUGCUGGAAUGUGACAUCAUCAAGAACUACGGCUUUGUGCACAUAGAGGACAAGACGGCGGCCGAGGAUGCCAUACGCAACCUGCACCACUACAAGCUGCAUGGGGUGAACAUCAAUGUGGAAGCCAGCAAAAACAAGAGCAAAGCUUCAACCAAGUUACAUGUGGGCAACAUCAGUCCCACUUGUACCAACCAAGAGCUUCGGGCCAAGUUUGAGGAGUAUGGCCCAGUUAUCGAAUGUGACAUCGUGAAAGAUUAUGCCUUUGUACACAUGGAGCGGGCAGAGGAUGCAGUCGAAGCCAUCAGGGGCCUUGACAACACAGAGUUUCAAGGCAAAAGGAUGCACGUGCAGUUGUCUACCAGCCGGCUUCGAACUGCCCCCGGGAUGGGAGACCAGAGUGGCUGCUAUCGGUGUGGGAAAGAGGGACACUGGUCCAAAGAGUGCCCAGUAGAUCGUACUGGGCGGGUGGCAGACUUUACUGAGCAAUACAAUGAACAGUAUGGAGCAGUGCGCACACCCUAUACCAUGGGCUAUGGGGAAUCCAUGUAUUACAAUGACGCCUAUGGAGCACUCGACUACUAUAAGCGCUACCGGGUCCGCUCUUAUGAAGCGGUGGCGGCGGCGGCUGCUGCUUCUGCAUACAACUAUGCAGAGCAGACCAUGUCUCAUCUGCCUCAAGUCCAGAGCUCAUCUGUGACCAGUCACCUCAACUCUACUUCUGUUGAUCCCUAUGACAGACACCUAUUGCCGAACUCUGGUGCUGCUGCUACCUCAGCUGCUAUGGCUGCUGCUGCCGCCACCUCUUCCUCCUAUUAUGGAAGGGACAGAAGCCCACUGCGUCGUGCUACAGCUGUGCUCCCCACAGUUGGAGAGGGCUACGGUUAUGGGCCAGAAAGUGAGUUGUCUCAGGCUUCAGCAGCUACACGGAAUUCUCUGUAUGACAUGGCCCGGUAUGAGCGGGAGCAAUAUGUGGACCGAGCACGGUACUCAGCCUUUUAAAAACUGGAGGAAGGGAACUAAGGCUCCAGAGAUUCAGUAAUUUGCCCAUCAUCAUUUGGUAAAUGAGGUAGGUGAAGCCAAAAUUCAAAUUCAAGCCUGACUCUUAAAAUUCCCACUAACAGUCAGUAUGGUAUUAAGCUGAAGGGUACAGGUUCAGGACUUAGCAAUGAAAAUCACAGAGUAUUUGCUAAUAAGAUUGUUUAUUGGGUCACUAGCCUUUAUCAUGGAAGCUCUUCAAGUAUGAUAUCUGCAAGCCAGAUAAAGUCCUAUAAAUGUUAAGUGCCUAAUUCUAAGAUACUUGUUUGCUGAAUGUUUGAUGCUCUGCCCCAUGUAGUUUUUUCCUUAUUCACAUCUAGAGCAUUGGAGUGCUUAACCCCUAUUUUCUUGUAACCUAUGAUACGUUUCCCAUUUCUUUCAGCAUUUUGGGUUUUUUGUGUGGGAACACUACUUAAGGAAUUAGAAAUUGGCAAUCUUCUGAUGUACAUAAAAUCCUAUAGGUUGUGACUCUGAAAAGUUAAUGUUUCCUAUUUCUGGAAUUGUGUAUCAAAGUUGCUAAGUCACUGCAAGUCACUGGGGUAGGAAAUAUUGAGUAUUGAGUUAAUCAGAGUGGAAAUAGCAUCAUGACAUUAUAUUUUCAUGGUUUUACUUAUACUGUGAAAUUGGGCAUCACUUGAAUUUGAGCCCCAGUAGCAAGGUUAAACCGAAUUACUACUGAGCUUCCAAGAUUUCAAGUUAUCCCCUCUUUGGUAUAGGUGUAGAAGAAAGAAAAGCUACAGAAUUUGCUUUUUGUGAAGUUAGAAGCACUGUGUCAUGAACCUGUGAUUUUAUAUCUUAUAUGACCAUGUCAGUAAGACUUGGGAUUUCCUGAGACCACUGUGCAGCAGUGUGUGCAUGUGUGUGAAGUAGAUUAAGCUUAGAAGCUAUGGAGUUUGCCAUUAAUUUUUACAGCUGGAUCUACCAUGAGUUGAGAUGCCUCUGAAGUGAAGUAAGUUGUUCUCAAUCUGUCAGAUAACUUCUGUUUCUUUUAAGUAUGUUUCAAAGUUAAUUUUUAAAUUAAUAUAUUGUGGUCUUUAAAGGGUAUUGAUACAUCAUUUUAAAAGUGAAUUUUAACUGAGAACAGUGGUUGUUCAACUAACCUCUUUGUAGUGAUGACUUUUAAAGAAACUUACCUUCCAGGUGUGAACCUCAAAUGGACUGAAUAACCCUGAGUUGGUUGCAGUCCCAGGAGCCUGAUGUUAAUGAGGCUGCCAGGAGGAAAUACUACAGAACUGUUGGGGAUCCAAAUUCGGGUCUCACUAGCAGAACUGAUCCAAGAACGUCACAGCUUUUGAAGUCGAUUGGCACAGAUCAAGACCAAGAUUUGGCCCUUUGUCUGUAAUAAGUAGAGGAACUUGGUGUGAGUUAACUUCUUUUUUCCCCCAGCCAUUGGUGUCUGGAGUUUCCAUCAUCAAUGGAAGAAUUAGAGAAUUCUAGCAGAGAUUUCUUCUUUCGAUUUGGCAAGGGAGAUUUGGUCAAUUAGAGAAAACACUGGAACUGUGGUUCUAAAUCUGUGACAGUGUGACAUGUAGUUGUGUUAGAGAUUGGUGAAUGACCCACUGUUCCUUGAGAACUGUACCUUUUACAAAUGUCAUUUCUAAAAGUUGUUUAUUAUGAAAAAUUAAAAAUGGGUGUGGUUAUUUGCGCCUAUAGUUCCAGCUACUCAGAAGAAACACUUAAUAAGCCCAGGAAAAUUCAACCAGAGCAACAUAGUGAAAUUCCAUAUCAUUUUUUUAAAAGGGGAAAGUAGAACAAUUGGCCAUAUUUGAGAUCUCAGUAUCUUCUGCUUUUCCCAGAUCCAAAAAUUAAACUGUUAUUUGUGUUGAUAUAUGUUUGCCCUUUGUUGGAGCAAUAGUAGCCUUCUGUUAAAGAGGUUAUUUUGCCAGGCGCCGUGGCACACACCUGUAAUCCCAGCGGCUUGGGAGGCUGAGGCAGGAGGAUCACAAGUUCCAAAACAGCCUCAGCAACUUAGCAAGGCUGUAAGCAACUUAGUGAGACCCUGACUCUAAAUAAAAUAUAAAAAGGGGCUGAGGAUAUUGCUCAGUAGUUAAGCUCCCCUGGGUUUAAUCCCUGGAAUCAAAAAAAUAGUUAUAUUGUUUAAAAGAUGGCUAAGAAAAUGAGAAAGUUGAAUUUAUCAUUAACACAGCAGACUUUCACCUAGAUUACAUCUGUAUGUCCUAUAUAGCUAUUAGUAUAUUCUUUUAUAGACCUAUUUAAUAGAACCCUAGAUGAUUUUGUGGAAUAUAAAUUUGAUCCAAUCUGACUUGGUUUUGUUUUGUUCUUUGUUUUUUUUUCCCCCCCUGGAAUACAGGACGGGACCAGGGCCCUUGUACUCGGAGCCAAGCUGCUCUCCAGGCAUUGUGUAAGCCUCUUGUGUUGUGCUCUCUUUCAGGUAGGAUAAUUGCGGACUGAACCCUCGGGCUGCGGUCAUAUAUGAGAACUUGCUCCGCGCGGUCCCCUUUGCCGGGAUGUUUCCAUUGCUUCAUGUUUCAGUAAACAGAGGAGUUUGAGACCAACUAUGUUUUCUUUCUUAAUUUAAUUCUUCUAAGUUUACUUUUCUUUCCUCCUGAUACUAGUCUUAGUAGCCUUUCACUUUGUUCCUUAUAUUCUCAGCCUCAGAUCAUCCCUAGGUAAGGAUUAUGCUGGCAUUCCCUUUUUUCCUGUACAGUGGAACCCCUCUUAUCUUGCUUUCCCUAGGAUUUGAACCCUUCCUCCCUGCCUACCUACAGCAUCUCCCUUUAAAAUGACCAUGUAGUGGCAAACAGCCUUUUACUCUUCUCUGUUAGCUCUGGACUCUUAACAUUGAAGCUAAUCUUCUGAAAUUGCUAGGACCAUUGGGGGUUUUGUUGUUGUUUUUGUUUGUUUGGUGUUUUUUUUUUUGUUUGUUUGUUUGGUUUUUUUUUUUUUUUUUUUGGUCUGACCUGUGAUCGUGGUACAGCAUUAGCUGAAAUUUAGCCUUGUUUUAACUCCACUCCUCCCACUUUUAUUUUUAUUUUUUUGACAAAUAAAUAUUUCUAACACUGAA